GACACUGGAGGGGAGGUGACUCCCAUGGGAUUAGCCUCUACAGUCAACAUACUGACACACUCAGACGACACACACACUGCCCAGUGACCGCGCACUCCCUGGGACACUAAGAGGUAGUGGCCUUGUGUGACAAAGCCACGGGCACAUUAAUUUUAUAAACGUGCUGUGUGCACACAUUGCCCCCCCCUCUCCCAUGAUGGCAUCCUUAGAGGAGGAGCUCACCUGCUCUGUGUGCCGAGACACCUUCGGCCAGGCCCACCCCCUGCCCUGCGGUCACAGCCUUUGCCCCGCGUGCACCCGGGAGGCCUGGGCCGGUCAGAGCGGGGACAAAGGUCACUUCACCUGCCCCCAGUGCCAGGAGGAGCACGGCGAUGUGCUGUGCGACUGCUGCUCCCCCGAUGCAGAGGGAGGCCAAGUGCCCAUCGCUGUCAAGACCUGCCUGAGGUGUGAGGUGUCACUGUGUGGCCAGCAUCUGCAGCCCCAUCUGGAGAGGCCGGCGUUCAGCACCCACCUGUUGGUGAAUCCACUGGGGGACAUCUCCAAGCGGAGGUGCCCGACACACACAGAGAUAUUCCGCUAUUACUGUGCCGACGAGAGGGUGUACAUCUGCAGUGACUGUCUGCUGGAGGGAAGCCACGCUCAGCACAAAGUGAAGGCGCUCAGACAGGUGGAAGAAGAUCUGAAGGUCAUUCUCCAGACGCUCCUACAGAAAGCAGAGGAGAAGCUGCAAAACGGAGAGCGAAUCCUCAAAGAGUAUCAGAAUGUUGACCGCAACAUGGCUGAGUCCUCGGAGGUGGACGAAGCCCAGGUGGAGCGCCUGGGCUCGUCCCUGCAGGUCCAGGUGAGGAGCCUGGUCGUGGCCCUGAGGGAGAUCACCAAGAGGCAAAGGCAGCAGGCCGUGGAGCGUCUGCAGGAGGAUUGCUCCAAGGUGAAAGAGGACCUGAGCCAGACGCAGAGCACCCAGCACUACCUGGCCUCGCUUCUGGCAGCGACUGACCCCUUCCUGCUCAUCUGGGCUUUUCAAUCAGACGACUCAAAGCUAGUAGCUGACCUGAACUGCCCCCUUUUCACGCCUGAUCCCGUCAGCCUGGACAGAAAGUUUAUCCUGGAAGACAUAGAGAGCAAGUACCGAGAGUUCAUCACUGCGACCCUCCGCUGCCUCAGUGAACUCAAGAGAGAGCUGUUAACCUGCCCAUUGACUCUAGACACAAACACAGCCCAUCCUCUCUUGAGCAUCUCUGAUGACCUGCGCUCAGCCACGCGGGUUAAAACCCGCCUGCCGUGCACCGCUCACCCGGAGCGCUUUGACCACUGGGCCCAGGUCCUCACUGUCCAGACCUUCUCCUCUGGAACUCACUACUGGGAGCUGGAGGCGGAGGGAUUCUGGGAUAUUGGCGUCUGCUACAAGAAUAUUGGGCGGAAGGGCAAAGAGGGCAAUGCCUUUGGAAACAACAAGGUGUCAUGGAGCUUGACGCAGCAGCAUGACAGGAAGCUAGCCGCCUGGCACAACCGCAGGAAGACCCGCCUCACGUACCAAAUGACCAACAACCGAGUAGGGGUAGCUUUGGACUACAGCGGCGGCACCAUCACCUUCUCUGAGGUGGGGCCAUCCGGCAGUCUCACCCACCUCCACACCUUCUCAACCACCUUCUCUCAGCCUGUGUGCCUGGGCUUUGGACUCUACAAAGCUGAGCUCCACAGCCGAAUCUCCAUCGGCAAAGUCUGAGCUGAAGGGAAAGCAGGACCAAAGGUCAGAGAGAAUCACGCUGAUGGGGAGCUUCCUGGGUUAAACUUGGGGCAAGGCCACACCAGCAGAAAACGGUGAUGAUUAAAAGCCCUCACUUUUGGAAAACAAACAACCCCAUGCUGGAAAUUCUGCCAUAACCUUCUCUUUUCUCUAUCCCUCUCAGACUCACCUUUCCUAUUUUCUCAAUAAAGAGAAAAUCACAAACCUCCUAAAAACUGAGAUCUGGGUUGGCUCUGUGCAGUUCUGGGAUAUUGACACGAAGAUCGUUUCCAAUGGAGACCAUUGAGAAUAAUAGCAGCAUUUAGCAGUUAUUGUUGUGAAUUUGUGUGGGAGUCAACCAUAAUUUGAGUGUCUUGUCUUAGAUUUACGUGUUACAAUUAGAGGGAAACAAAAAUCUUUUUUUAAGCUUUGGUCUUUUCUUGCCAUCUGAGAAACUAAUAAUAGAAACAUGUACAGGGUGCAUCCUGGAUUCACCACAAGGUGGGGCGAUUUCUUAACUCGCUGUGGGGAUUCAGUGACCUUGCUUGGGCUGACGACAUGGACACAUUCAGCCAAUGACUUACAUCUAUCUUUCUUGAUUAUCUGCAUGAACGCAAGUGGGUCAAGUCUGGAGAAUAAAUGCAAAAGGAAGUCAUUCCAAAAUUAGAAAAUGUUGUUUCUGGGAAUGAGAUUAUAUGAUUGUUAUGGGAUAUUCAUUCUACAAAAUUUCAGAAAUACUGAAAAUAUUGCUGUGGAAAAGCUCUUGGGAUUGACAGUAACUACACUGUUAUUUCAUUUAUUUAUUUCUUUUUUUAGCUUUCAAAAUAGUUUUGUCAGAGAUGAUGCAACUUUUUUCCAAAUGGUGGAUAU